GUCUGUAACCUGAAGCUGACUCUCCCUUAUGCCCCAGUGGAUUGCUCCUUUUCCCUUGAGCUCAGCCUGAGUUCUGAGGUGAGUUUUGGGGUGAGUUUUGGGGUGUAAGCUCCCACUGGAACCCAUUUUCUUGUGCUUGGCAGCCAGCAGUCACCAGCUGCAGAGCACAAUGGACAUGUUUUUUUCCCCCAUGUCUGGGGAAAGUGUCUCAGGGCUCCUGUGAGGUCCUGCCCUGCCGGGCAGGUGGGGUUUGGAGACAUCUUUGCCACGCUCAGCUGGCAGCAGAAUGAAGAGAGGGUGUCUGACAAAAGCAAGAAGGGUUUUUCAGGAGGUGGAUAACCUGGCCCUGAGCCAGGCAAAGGACUGGCAGAGGGGCACACACAAGAGCUGCCAGGUCAUGGGCAGGGCUGGGUGCCCUCAUCUCCAUCCACAGGGCAAGACACGUUGUCAGAUUUCCUCGUAUUCCCUCAGGAGUCCAGGUCAUCCAGGGCACACUGCAGCCCCUCCCUGAGGAGCUCCAAUCCCAGGAUAACCAUACCUGCUGGGAAGCAGCUGAGCAGAAUUCCAUGGUGCUGACAGACAGACUUGCCCAGGGACUAAGCACAGCUGAAGGUCUGCAGGGCCUUGCAGGGAGCGCGCACUCCCCACCUGCUCCUCCGGGAGAAGGUCAUUAUCCGCCGGCUAUUCAGUGCCACUGGAGCAUGCAGGAAUAGCUGCUUCUCCCAUUGUGCUGCCCGUGGCCAGGAUUGGCUGGAGAGUGUGGGAAACACCAGCGAGCCGCAGACCCACACGCUCUCGCCCAGCUCGGGUGGUAUAAAUAUCGGCUGCAGGCAGCUUCCAGCAACACGCUUCUCCUGGAUUCCACCCCCGCACCUCUCUGCUCAGGACGGAUGGCUCCCAGCGCUGUUUUCUUGGAGCCCGACAACCUGCUGACAGCAAAGGAGAAAAACAAACUGAGGAAGCCGGUGGUGGAGAAAAUGCGCCGGGACCGGAUUAACAGCAGCAUCGAGCAGCUGAAGCUGCUCCUGGAGAAGGAGUUCCAGAGGCACCAGCCCAACUCCAAGCUGGAGAAAGCCGACAUCCUGGAGAUGACUGUCAGCUACCUGAAGCAGCAGAGCCAGCUGCAGAUGAAGACUGCAGGACCCUUCCACAAAAGCUCCCAGUUUGACUUCAGAGAGGGCUAUUCCAGGUGUUUGCAAGAAGCUUUCUAUUUCCUCUCUCUCCACAAAGUCCGAACUGAAACGCAGACCAAACUUUUAAGCCACUUCCAGAAGAGCCAGUCAGCUGCUCCAGAGGUCUCCUUCUCCCCUGGGAACGCUGGUGCCCUGAAACAAGUGUCUCCAAAGGCCAGCAGCCCUCUCUGGAGGCCCUGGUAGUCAGGGGAGUCCUCACUGCACGGACCUGUGACAGUCCAGAGGAAGGACCUGACUGCAUCUGAUAGUCCAGCUCUGAUCCUCUCUCCCGUAGGGAAUUUUAUUUCCCCCCCACCGUGUUUUAUUUAUGUAUGAGAGAAUGCCAUGCUUUUGACUUUUUUGGGAUCCCCUGGCAAAAGCUGAGUGUUGAAGCUGUGUAGGCACUGGUGCAGUGCUGCCCAGGCAGGGGCAACACCUUCAGAAUGAAGGAGGGUGUUUGUAAAUGUUAAAUGUUGUGAUGGACAGGACUUGCUGUAGGAGAUUUUCUCUAAUAUUCCCUGUAAGAGCCAUCAGCUUUGCUCUGGCUGGACUGACAACUCUGGUUAGCUCAGUCACACCGUGAGGAUAAAUUUAUUCCCUUUGGUUCAUGCACACUUGGUUAAAGUAUUUCCCUCUGUUUGCUUAUCAGCUGUGCAGCAUCGAGAAUGGGUUUGGUUUUGGUUUGGAUUUCUCCCCCAUGGCCCUUUCAUAGUCCUGUAUAUACAGUGUGAGGGAUGACCAGGAGUUAGGAAACUAUGUGGAAUAUUUCUACUAUUUGAUGCUUUUUUCAAUUUAGAAAAAGAGUAUGUUAUUGCUUUAUGUUAAAGAAAAGUAGUAGGUAACAGGCUUGAUUUGUCAAUGUUAUACAUUUUGGGUGUAAGCUAUGCUUUUUUUAGCAUUUUCAUUAUAAUAAUGAUUUUUUAUCUGUAUUGAGUGGUUGAAUUCCUGGUGGAUGAUGUUUCUCCCAAUGCUGGGACUGCCCUAUGGCUCACCUGCAUACUGUGUAUGCAUCUCUGUGUGUGUAGAGAACAAUAAAAUGCAUUUGUGUGCAA